UAAGAAAGAGGGCUCUCAAAUCGAGUAGUACAAAGUAUUUGUUUCAUGAAGGUAUAAUUAUAUACGUUAUAUAUGGAUCAAUCAUUUAAAAAAUAUAAUUAGUUUCAUAUUUUAAAUAAUUAAUAUGAAAAUCUUUUAAUAUAUAAAAGCAUAAGUAUUUAAUAUAUAAAAUCUAAUACCAAAAAUCUUACUAGUAGAUUUAAAAUCUUCCAUUGGUAAACAUUGGUAAAUCGUGCCAUUAAAAGUGCCUUUAAUAUUUAUUAUACAAGAUAUAUUUUUUCGGAAAUAUUCUUUCCUUGCAAUAUAUUGUUUUCUUGUAAAUAAAGAAAUUUUUAACAAGAAUGAGCGUUCAAAAACGAAAAAAGAAUUAUUUUCAUAACAACAGUUAUAACCAAAAAAAGCGUAAACAAUUCAGUUUGGAGGCAGGUAUGAAAGGUUUCUUAUGCACGUGCAAUUUUUCUGAGAAAGAAUGUGUACGUGAUGCUUAUAAAUUACUUAAUGAAUUUGCUGAUGAAAUUUAUGGACCAGAUACUACAAAGGAUAAUGGUGAGGACAAAGAAGAAUCUGAAAAAAAUGAUUCUGUAAAUAAAUCAAAAGAUAGUGACAAUGAAGGUGAUAUUUCAGAUUCAUUAAACAAAGAAAUUAAUAAAUUAAAAGCAGAAUAUUCAAAGCCAAUAAAUGCUAGGAGAUUUCAGGUAGUUGACACUGGUGUGAAAAAUGUAAUUUUUAUAAGAAGUACCUUGACAAAUCCAUUAGAAUUGGUUACUAAAAUUAUCACUGAAUUGAAUAACACAAAACAACAACGUACCAGAUUUCUAUUGAGAUUACUUCCAAUUGAAAUUAUUUGUAAAGCAAACAUGAAUGACAUCAAAUCAAAAGCAGAUGCAAUGCUUGAAAAGUACUUUGCACAAGAACCAAAAACAUUUAGCAUUAUAUUCAAUCGUCACAGUAAUAAUAACAUACAUAGAAAUGAAGUAAUUGAAGACUUAGCAGAAAUAAUCAACAAAAAAAAUCCUGGGAAUAAAGCAGAUCUAAAAAAUCCAGAACUUGCAGUAAUUGUUGAAUUGAUACGUGGUUUCUGUUUUAUGUCUGUUGCUCCAAAUUAUUAUAAAUUCAAAAAGUACAAUUUACUAGAAAUAUGUAAUACCAAGGAAUCUACAAAUGAUAUAAGCCAGAAGAAAGGAGAUGCUUGUUUUGAAGGAAAAAAAGAGACAGAUUCUGAUAAAACAAAUAUAGAUGAACAUUCAACAAUAGAAAUAGUUCAUAAUGAUAAAGAAUAAGAAAAUUGAUGUAAAUAAUAUAAUGAUAUUUUAUAUUAUUUCUAAAAUAUAA